UCCUAGAGUAAAUCCUCUGGUACGUGCAAGGUGAGGUAACUCUAACAGAGAAACAUCAACGAUGACAAAGAUUUCUAGUAGUAUCGUUGUUCUCUUAGUGUUACUCGUCUCAUCGUGGAGGACGCCGUCGGUGCUGUCCCAAGAUGAUUAUGGACGUCGGGCGAAGACUGAGAAGACGCCAGAAUCCAACAAAGACACAAGUAAUGAGCCCGCGAAAGAGGCUGAUGCGACCUACAAAGCAGAAGCAACCGAUGCCGCAACUGUUCUUAAGGCCAAAGAAGAAAUUGCAAAUCGUACAGCGACACAUAUACAACAAGUCAUCAACGAUGGAAAUGUUGCACUCAAUACAAAAGAGGAGCUAAUUGAGGGGUCAGCAGAGGUGAUGGGUAAAAUCGCCGAGGAGGUCUCCACAAAACUCUCCAAAGUUGCAACGGAACACGCCAAACUUGCCUUGGGUGGCGUCGUAGCAGCACUCAAGUUAAAGCAAGAGAUAUUGAAAAAGGUUGCACAGCAAGUGAAGGAGGUUUCAACAAACGCUGCAUUGGCGGCUAACGCAAAGCAAGAGGCCUUGAAAAAAGCAGCAGAUGAUGUCAGCGCGGCUUCAGCCGACAUGGCUACAAGCAUGGCUAUGAUGGUUGAUGUUGCAGCCGGUGUGGCUGGUGGGGCAGCAGCAGGAGUUGCUACUGGAAUUGCCGGUGGUUUGAAAGGGGCAGCGUCGGGCGGUGCUCGAGUUGGUAUAUCUGGUGGCAUACAUGCUAAUGUGAAUAUUGGUGUCGGUGCUGGUGUCGGUGCUGGUGUUGGUGCUCAAGCAGGUAAAAGUGGUAGUGCCAAUGUAGCCGGAGGUGCAGAAAAAUAUGCAGGGGGUAGUGCAGAUACCGGUGGUGGUGCAGGUGUCGGUGUGGGUGCUAAGGCUGGUGUUCAUGCAAAUGUGGGUAUCUCCGGAGGCGCUAAAAUAGGCGCUGGAGUUGGAGGUGGGAUAGGUGGUGCCGGAAGCGCCAAUGCUGGUGUGGGUACUAAUGCCAAUGUUGGAGCUGGAGGUAAUGCUGGUAUCGGUGCUGGUGUGGGUGUUGGAGCAAAUGCUGGAAUUGGUGCUGGAGUCGGUCUCUCCGGAGGUGCUAAGGUUGGUGGAGAUGUGGGAGGAAAUGUAGGAGGUGGUGCCAACGCAGGAGUGAAUGCUGGUGUUGGUGUUGGUGUUGGUGCGAAAGUUGGUGGUGGUGUUGGAGCAAAUGUGGGUGGGAAAACCAAUGGAGAUGUUGGUAUUGGUGCAAAUGCUGGAAUUGGUGCUGGAGUCGGACUCUCCGGAGGCGCUAAUGUUGGUGGAGAUGUGGGAGGAAAUGCAGGAGUUGGUGGUAGUGCUCACACAGGCGUGGAUGCUGGUGUUGGUGCCGGUGUCUCUGGAGGUGCUACAGUUGGUGGUGGUGUUGGAGCAAAUGUGGGUGGGAAAGCUAAUGGAAAUGUUGGUAUUGGUGCGAAUGCUGGAAUUGGUGCUAGAGUGGGUCUCUCUGGAGGUGCUAAGGUUGGUGGAGAUGUGGGAGGAAAUGUAGGAGCUGGUGGUAGUGCUAACACAGGUGUGAAUGCUGGUGUUGGUGCUGGUGUCUCUGGAGGUGCUACAGUUGGUGGUGGUGCUGGAGCAAAUGUGGGUGGGAAAGCUAAUGCAAAUGUUGGUGUUGGUGCAAAUGCUGGAAUCGGUGCUGGAGUCGGGCUCUCCGGAGGUGCUAAAGUCGGUGCAGGCGUCGGGGCAAAUUUAGGAGGUGGUGGUAAUGUUGGUCUUGGUGGCGAUGCAAAUGCGAAUGUUGGUGCUGGUGUGGGUGUAGGUGCUAAAGUUGGUGCUGGCAUUGGAGCCAAUGUAGGCGGAAAUGUUAAUGCCAAUGCUGGUGGCCAUGCUGGUCUUGGUGGUGGUAUUGGUAUAUCGAAGAGUGUCAAUGUAGGUGGUGGUGCUAACGCCGAUGCGGGUGUUGGCGUGGGUGCUAAUGUUGGGGUCAGUAAGAGCAUUGGUGUGGGGAUAGGGGCAAGUGGUGGUGCUUCUGGGUCUGGUGCAGCAAAUGCGGGUGUUGGGAGUUGAAGCAUCCAAGAUCAUCAAUGGUGGUAUUUACACCGGUAAAGAUGCACAAACUCAUAGAUGAAGGAAACCAAUGCAACGAAGUACACUGAAGUUGGCUCUUUGCUUCGGUUAUGGUUCGACAAACAAGGAACUACAGAGAGCUACUACAUGAUUCAUCAUUGAUAUGCUUACUGCAGUCACUCAUUUAUACAUAUUGCAUGUAUUGUAAGUCAAAAUGUGGAGAUGUUAUAGUAAAUAAUGACUCUCCUAGAGAUUAGAUAUUUUUCAAGACAUUAUCAUAUACGUUGAAAGGGUUAUUAACUAUAUAUAUUUGCGUUGCUAAA